AUGUCUUCUUCUUCUUUGUUGUCUUCUGAUUUCGCCAAAGUGCAACUUCAAGCCUCUCUUGCGACGAGAGAUUUCACGUGCGAACCGAGAGUGGAAUAUCGAACGGUGACUGGGGUUUCCGGCCCUCUGGUGAUUUUAGACCGGGUGAAGAACGCGAAGUUCGCGGAGAUUGUGGACAUCACUCUGAGCGAUGGCACGAAAAGGAGAGGACAAGUCUUGGAAGUCGACGGGGAACGCGCGGUGGUGCAAGUCUUUGAAGGGACGAGCGGCAUCGAUAGCAAGCACACGACGUUAGAGUUUACCGGGGACGUGUUGACCACCCCAGUGGCGGAGGAUAUGAUGGGGAGGAUUUUCAACGGGAGUGGGAAACCUAUCGACGGAGGACCGAACGUUAUGGCCGAACAGUAUUUAGAUAUUAACGGCAGUUCGAUCAACCCAUCGGAGAGAACCUAUCCAGAAGAAAUGAUCCAAACCGGAAUAUCCACCAUAGACGUGAUGAACUCAAUCGCGAGAGGACAAAAGAUUCCUUUGUUUUCCGCGGCUGGCUUACCGCACAACGAAAUUGCGGCGCAGAUUUGCCGACAGGCUGGGUUGGUGAAACAACCCGGCGCGGCGGAGGAGACGGAGGAGGACAAAAGCGAGAACGACUUCGCCAUCGUCUUCGCCGCCAUGGGGGUGAACUUGGAAACCGCGAACUUUUUUCGAAGAGACUUUGAAGAAAACGGUAGCUUAGAGAAAACGGUGUUAUUCUUAAACUUAGCGAACGAUCCAACGAUUGAACGGAUCAUCACCCCUAGGAUUGCGCUGACGACGGCGGAAUAUUUAGCGUACGAAAAAGGGAAGCACGUUUUGGUCAUUUUGACGGACAUGUCGUCGUACGCGGACGCUUUGAGAGAGGUGUCCGCGGCAAGAGAGGAGGUUCCCGGAAGACGAGGUUAUCCCGGUUACAUGUACACUGAUUUAGCGACGAUUUACGAAAGAGCGGGGAGAAUCAAAGGGAGAAAAGGGAGUAUUACGCAGUUGCCGAUUUUAACCAUGCCGAACGACGACAUCACUCACCCGAUUCCAGAUUUGACCGGGUACAUCACGGAAGGUCAAAUUUACGUCGACAGGCAGUUGCACAAUCGACAAAUUUACCCACCAAUUAACGUUUUACCGUCUUUGUCGAGACUGAUGAAAUCUGCAAUCGGGGAAGGGAUGACGAGAAGAGACCACGGCGACGUUUCGAACCAGUUGUACGCCAACUACGCCAUCGGCAAAGAUACGUUAGCCAUGAGAGCGGUCGUCGGCGAAGAAGCCUUAUCUGGCGAAGAUUUGCUUUAUUUGGAGUUUUUAGAAAAGUUUGAGCGAAAGUUUAUCGACCAAGGAAACGAAGGCCGAUCGAUUUUUGACGCGUUGGAUUUGGCGUGGAGUUUGUUGAGGAUUUUCCCGCGAGAGCUUUUAAGGCGCAUUCCGGCCAAGACUUUGGAUCAGUUUUACGACAGGAAAGUAUGA